AUGAGCCGUCGAAAUGCGAACUGCGCAUAUCCCAAAUGACCGGAAGUUCAAGGAAAAGGUUCCGGUGCAGCGGGAGAAGUGGGCUCCGAAGCAAAAAGCGGCUAUACAGCACUUUACAAAUCAAAACGGGGAAAAGAAGAAAAAACAAUGCAACAUACAGAAACAAGUCGAAACAAACGGCCAGAGGGCUCUGCUCGUGAGCGAAGUUCAAGUUCAAUCAAGAAUCGCCUUGCACGCUGCCAGAAUCUUUCUGGGCUGGGGUUGCUGGAUAGAGAAACUAGCAAGACACUGGGCAUGCUAAGUGCUCUUUCCAGAACUGUCAAGACCGAAGAUGAUGAUGAGGAAGAUGUGGUGGAAAUUUCAGAAGAGCAAAAGAGCCGCUCCAAGCCGGCUCAACAGAAAGAGACUGGAAAUGGUCUUCUUGAUCCAAACCAGGCUACUCAAGCCAGUAAAAGCCAUAAGAAGGCAUAUCUUACUGAUGAGAAUGCUUCCUAUUCGUUCAGUAUGCACAGGAGUUAUAUCUGUGAGCACUGUUAUGGGGCCUUUAGGAGUAGCUACCACCUUAAAAGACACCAAUAUAUUCAUACAGGUGAGAGGCCUUAUGAAUGUGACAUGUGUGAAAUGAAGUUCAUUCAGAAGUAUCACCUGGAUAGACAUAAACGGGUUCAUAGUGGGGAAAAGCCGUAUCAGUGUGAGCGAUGCCAACAGGCCUUCUCACGGACUGACAGACUUCUGAGACACAAACGGAUGUGCCAAGGGUGCCAGUCUAAAAUCGGGGAGACAGAUUAUAUGUUGUAGUUUGGGAAUUUAUAUGCAUCAUCCUGUAGCUUGGAGACCCAACAUUUCUUAUUCCACUCAGGACAGGUUUAUUGUAGGCUCUGGUGUUUUUUGCAACACCACAAACAGAUACUGAAGAGACAACUCCUUAACAGAGUGGUCUCUCUUUACUCUCAACAAACACAUUUACUUGUUCUUAUUCAGAGAAAAAGAAUAAGAAUUUUAACAGUUUGUGACCUGAAAAAAAAGACUGAUUCUUGGACCUUCAUAAGCAGCUCCAAGAGUAUCAAAUGUGGCCCUCUAGUGGAACAGAUGUAUUAUUCCCCCACCUCAGUAACAGCUACUGUCUUGAGUCCUCAUCUGUCCUUUUUAUUUCUAUCGCUGAGACCGUGUCAGUUUUCUAAGUAACAUUUUUAGAACUUGCAUUUGAGGAAAUAUCCCUAAUGAUAGUGUAAACCUCUUUCUAUCGUUAUUUGAUUUUUAUAUAUAUAUUGAUCUCAUGAUUGUUUUUGAUGGGGCCAAGAGUUUGAGUUUUCUUUUUUUUACCUGGUAAAUUUUAUCUGGUAAAUUUUGAUUUUCUCUGUUUAGAAUAAGGUCCUUCAGUACCCAUCAGAUAUUAAUUGUUACACUUUCAGAGAUUAUUUCUUCUCCUUUAUUUGUUUUGAAAUUGUGAUGCAUAUUAACAGGAUAGGAAAUGCGAAUCCUCUGAAAUAGGGUAGCGACGGCUAGUUGCCUUGUUGUCCUUAUUUAUAUGGUGUGAUGCCAUGUCACACUGAGAUAGUUCCACAUACAUUUCUUUGUUUUUUUUUUUAAAAAAUUUUGAGCAGGUGACCUGCAGUCCACUAACACUACACUAACCAGUUACACAGGAAUUUCACCUUGCAAUACAUUUUUAGUGUGGGGUUUAGUAUGGUGUUGACAGUGGUAUAAAUUUUUAUUAAAAUCUAUUUUGCAUCCCUCAGGCCCAAACUUAAAACCCUGUGUUUUUUUUUUAAGCCUCUGAUUGUAAGGUGAGAUUUUUCAUAUAUAAUAUUCAUCUGUCCAUUCUUGUUUCAGUCUGCAAUUCAAACCACUACCUGGUUGCCAGGAUCCCUGGGUCUCUAGCAGCAGCCAGAUUGCCGAUUAAACUUGCAAGAGAAAAAUAUAAUGAAUAUAAAAUUAAAUAGCAAUGGAAAAAAACACAGGCCACUUGCAAGUUGUUUAAAUGGGUGGCCAUGCUAAUAUGUAUAACCGAGCAAUAUUGAAAGCAUUUUAUUUCAUGCUUGUAAAGUAUAAAGGCUGGGUUAUUACUAUUAUAAGCAGGCCUUGGUGAAUAAAUGGAGGUCAUGUGGUCUAUAUUAUACUAAAUGUCAGUUUAAAGGUAGACCAACCUCUUAAGGUCAUCCGGCUGACUUUUCCUACUGUAACUUUGGAAACUGAGAUGCUGUUAUCACCCACCCUCAGUUAGCCUGUGCCCUCGCUAUAAAGGCAAGUCAGCCUGCCAUAUGGUAGCUACACUGUUUCUGACUGUAAGCUGGUUAAGACUAGCAAUAUCAUUAUUCGAUUCCUACUGGGGAGCAAAAGGUUGCAGAUCAAGCACAGUAGCAAAGAUGUGAAUAAAAGGAAAUGAUUUACAUGAGAUAUGUAUGUAUAUAUACACACACACACAUACAUACAUACAUAUAUAUGUGAAAUUCAUUUUUCUUGCUCAUCAGCUCCCACUACACACUUAGAAGCAAAGCAAUGAUGUGGAAUACUCUAAGGCAAAUGGUUUUAGCUUUAUAAAAGCUGUGAUAUAUUUUGUUUCAUGUCACUUGCGUGCGGUUUUUAUUUUUCUGAUACUGAUUUAUCAUUUGAAACUGGCGCCAGUGCACUAAUCAGUAGUGAGACACUGCCAGUGGUAAUUUGGAUGGACUGUAGCUUUAAAGAAACCAUAUUUUGCGCUUGUCAUUUAGUGAACCCUAAAGGUCUAUUGUGUGUUCUUUUGUUUUUGAAUAUACUUUUUAUGUCAUAAUCAACAUGGAACUAUAGGGCACAGAUGCAUCAAUAACAUAGGCAUAGCACCUGUAGUGAGUCUGUCUUCCAUUAUAAAGUAUGCCCUCCAUCUACUGGUUGUAGAAGCAGAGGAGAUGCACCAGUACAUAGGGGCAUGGGCCAUAGCCAUCAUACUUUGUCCAGCUAAUUACAAGUAGUGUGCGAUGUAUCCGAUAUACAGCAUGGAUAUGGGUUAUAGUAAGGUGAUUUUGUCAAACAAAGAAGACUGCUGAGUUCUGGGGAAGACUGGCGGCCAUAAAAAUGCAUUGGACGGUCUCAUCUGGCUCGAAGAUCUCCCACAGUUGUUCAGCAUUGGUCUAUGUGAUUUAACAUUUCAUUAAUCCAUACAUUUUCCAAAAGAGCCACAGGACCAGUUUUAGGUCAGCCCAGUGCAAAUGGGGUAUUUGCCCCCAGCCUUAUUGGGUUAUUUGGGUAAUGUAGUACAAAGACUUUAUUGAUCGUGUUACCAUUAUUGGGUAUAUUAGUAUAUAUUUCAUGGAUAUUCAUCCUGCGGCUCCCAUGUUUUGACUGCAGUGCUUAGUUUCUGGCUGUCAGAAGGAUUUUGGGAGUUGUAGUCCAACAGCUAUAAGGCCACAUCUUGGAUAUCCUAAUAUAUGUAUCCUACCCCCUUGGAAAUAGGGGUCCUAGCCUUUCUGCAUUGCCAGGGGCCCUGUUCUCUGUCUUGCUGGUUACCUGUUGCAAACAACAGUAAAUCUACUGCUAUAAAAGGCAAAGUAUUUUCUUUAUAUGUUUAUUUACAUCAUAACCUUUUUAUUGGUUUUCUUUAACAUUAGACUAGAUGGAGAGCUUUUUUUAAUUGUAGAUUUUUUUUAACACUGUACAGUCUGUUGUACCCUUUCCCCCUCCUACUGCCUGGGUGUUUAGAAUAUUUAAAUAAACGUGUUUUUGAUACAUA